AUGUUCUCUGCGACACGGCGGUGGUUCCGCCGCAAUCGAACCCCGAUAGCCAUUGGCGUCGGCGUCGUGGGCGCCGGCUACUUGGCCACCCGGUAUGUGCUGAACAAGAUCAACGAUGCGCGCGAGCGCAUGAGCAGCGAUCGCAUUGCGAAGGAGAACUUGCGCCGGCGCUUCGAACAGAACCAGGAGGACUGCACCUUCACCGUCCUCGCGCUGCUACCGACGGCCACCGCGAACAUCCUCGAGACUAUGAACACCGAGAAGGUCACAUUGGAGAUCCAGCAGAUGAAAGGCGCUGCCAAGGGCGUGCGCAGUGGGGAGUCGUCCGCUACACCGCCCAGUAUCGCCGACACGACCAUGACGGAAGAGGAGAGCAAGAGUAUAGCCAGUCUACAAAGCGAGAGCGGCGUCCACGCGAGCCAAGUGGCCUUGCCGCCUGCCUCGAGUACAGAAGAUGGUGCACAAGAUGGCGGCCAGCCCACGCAGAAGUCGAGGAAAACGAAGAGACAGCUGUGGGAUGAUCUGACGAUAAGCUCGAUAACACGAUCCUUCACCCUCGUAUACACGCUCGCUCUCCUCACCAUGCUCACCCGAAUCCAACUGAACCUCCUAGGCCGGCGGAGCUACCUGUCGAGCGUUGUCUCGCUCGCCACCGGAACAGCGCAGUCGACUAUCAGCCUCGAGAACAACGACGACGACAACCCGGAGCAGGUAUACGGCAGCGACUUCGAGACGAACCGCAAGUACCUGACCUUCAGCUGGUGGCUGCUCAACCGCGGCUGGACCGACGUCAUGGAGCGUGUCGAGGCCGCCGUCCGCGACGUGUUCGGCCACCUAAGCCCGCGGGACCUCCUGAGCUUCGACACGUUCUCACAGCUGGCACUGGAGGUAAGGAAGAAGGUCGAGGGCCGAUCAGAAUCAGAUAGGAAGGGCUCCCAGUGGCUGCCCUUCCUGCUGCCGCCUACCAACCUCGAGGACUUCGUACUUAAGGAGUCAGGCGUCCUCGGCGACAGCGCGGCGGCCACGACACAGCCAACAGACUCCUCCUCCUCGACUACAACAACCCCCACGGCGCUCAGGCGCCUCCUCGACGAGACGUCCGACCUCGUCGAAUCGCCCCCAUUCUCACACGUACUCACGCUCAUCCUCGACGCCGGCUUCUCCGUGCUCCUCAACAAGAAAGUCCUGCCAGGGGCCUUCGAACUACCCACAGCCUCAAACCCCACCCCUGGAGCCCCGGGACUAGAACUCGUCUCCGAGCUAGACCGCCGAGAGGAAUCCCAACCCACGACGAAUAAGGCCGUCCUGCUCCCCAAGAUCCUGUCCGUGCUGACGCGGCAGGCGCACGUCGUCGGCAACGGCAUGCCCAACGAGUACCUGCAGGAGAUGGAGCUCGUGCGCGACCUCGAGGCCUUCGCCGCCGUCGUGUACUCGAGUAAUUGGGAGAACGAGAUCCAGGACGAGGAGGGACUUGCUUUGGCGGCAGCGGCAGCGGCGGCGGGGACUGGUGAGGUAGUUGGGGUGCCGGAGCCGGAAAGCGGCAUGUUGGGGACUAGCUUAAGGCCGUCGCAGGCCGCCUCGACGACGCUUGGUGGCGGCGCGGAGAGCAGCGUGGUCAUGGUUGAGCCGUCGCAGAGCUCGUUCGAGAGCGCGUGGGAGCGUGCUGUUGAUGGGAGUCAGUCGCAGUGA